AUGCCGCCGUUCCGGGACACGUGCGUUCCCGUUUCAAACCCCUUAUGGUCGCUUGUACCGAACAAGGUCCAUGGAUUUGCUGAGCUCAGUUGGCAAGGUGGUAAAACUCCACACUCGCCGAGAACCAGUAGUGAACAGGUACCAACGUUUUUAUCGCCCAAAAACUCUUUGAAGAUGCUCCGAAGAUGCCCCUUUUGGCGGUGCUCAGAGUCAGAUGGCCUGAUAAUACUCAUGAGCGAACAUAUGGGAACAGGACAAGACAAAAGGAAACGGCGUCUUCAUCCUGUUCGGCGAAUUGCACGGUUGAUAUUCAAGACCCGGAAACAGUCUGAGAAGCAGGACGUCGACCACCAGAGAGUCUGCCGUGGAUCAACCCUUCUCCAUAACUUUCUUCCCUUUUUGGAACCGCUGUUCACCAUCGAUCCGAAGUUGCGGUUCAUCGAGGAUCGUAUCCUUGGACGUGUACAAUCUCCCGAUCAUGCAGGCUCCGUGAAGCUACCCUCCAGUUUGAGUGAACUACAAGCAUGGGUUGGAGAAGCAGCGCCUUCAUGUGACUGCGACGAAUGCGCCCCGAAAUCAUAUCGAAUCCAGAGUGAGGCUUCCCAUGGACAUGUACGGCCUAUGAAUGAAGGGCGAAAAAUCCGCUCACCAAGCUUUUCCCGCGUGACACCGCACAGUACUCCACAUCCAACGUUGACUCUCAAACUCUAUGGCGACUACGAAGCAAUGCGACUUGUGAGACACCACAUUGCAUGGCUCGAUUACACCUAUCUUCAUCCCUCACGCUUGAAGGAUAUGCCAAGUGUAUCGCAAUUGACGAGCUUGCUACGCGUCUGGAGACCAAACCUGGUGGCACCCGAUUUACGGUCUCACAUAUCUAAUGCGCAGUUGGGACAUGUAUUCCGACAGCUCAACAAAGUAUUCUUCUUUGGCGCUGUCCCUCCUCAUCGCUCAUCGUUAUCGACUGGAUUCUCAUGGCUCCCAGAGCACAAAAAAAACUGUUUUGGCGUAAGCUACUUCAACCCAAUCAUCGGUACCCAACUCUUCCUACACCCAAAACUAUACCGACACAACAGCAAACCCGAAGACCUGGAUUUGCGACUGAGGAACCGGAUUGGGACAAUCUUACACGAGAUGUGCCAUGCAUUUUUGAAGGCGUAUACCUGCCGAUCUUGCAUCAUGCAUGAACGCUGCGUUGGUUCGCGAGGCCACGGUCGUGCGUGGCAAAUUCUAGCAGCAAAGGUUGAGGAAGUUGCAAGUCACCUGAUAGGAGGGCCAGUGGAUAUGGGAAGAUUCCCUUCCGUCUUGCAUGACAUGGAGAGCCACGGCAGACUGCCGAGCCAACACGAUUUGGAAGUCUAUAAGCUGGGUACAGUCAUGACAUGUGACCAUAUAAUGAUCGGUGUUGGGCGCACAAAGGCGAUUAGCUAA